AUCACCACAACAUCCUUCAUCUCUAUUUCGCACUUACACACAACCUCUUUCUUUGUUUCAUUCAGAAGAAGAAGAUGCCUACAAGUGAGAUGCUUGCCAAGGUUGGAAAUCACGAUGACGAAGAAGGUAAUCGUCCAACAGUGAGGGUUCAAACCAUUGAUGAGCUUCACUCGUUGCAGAGGAAGAGGUCUGCACCCUCUACUCCCAAAGGGAAUUCGCAGCAAACCUCUUUCCUCACUCUUUCUGAGGAAGAACGCAGCAAAAUGCAGCUAGAGUCCAUCAGUGCAUCUUUGGCUUCGCUAACAAGAGGAACUGGACCUAAGGUGGUGAAGGGUGAUCCUGCAAGAAGAUUCGAAGGGUCAAGGGUUGCACAUAUUCCCCACCAUCGUCAUACAGUCGCACCCACCAUUGCUGUCAGCGACAGUGCCUUGAAGUUCACCCAUGUCCUCUAUAACCUCUCCCCCGCAGAACUUUAUGAACAAGCGAUAAAGUAUGAGAAAGGAUCGUUCCUCACUUCAACCGGAGCAUUGGCUACGCUUUCUGGGGCAAAGACGGGUAGGUGCCCUAGAGACAAGCGUGUGGUGAAGGACGCACUUACUGAGAAUGAGCUUUGGUGGGGAAAGGGUUCGCCCAACAUUGAGAUGGACGAGCACAGUUUCAUGGUGAACAGGGAAAGAGCAGUUGAUUAUUUGAACUCUUUGGACAAGGUCUUCGUGAAUGACCAAUUCUUGAACUGGGACCCAAAGAACAAAAUCAAAGUCAGGAUUGUCUCAGCCAGAGCUUACCAUUCCUUGUUCAUGCAUAACAUGUGCAUUCGACCAAGUCUCGAAGAGCUAGAGGACUUUGGCACACCGGAUUUCACUAUAUACAAUGCUGGGCAGUUUCCUUGCAAUCGUUACACUCACUACAUGACAUCCUCCACUAGCAUUGAUCUUAAUCUUGCAAGGAAGGAAAUGGUCAUCCUUGGGACACAGUAUGCAGGGGAAAUGAAGAAGGGUCUCUUUAGUGUCAUGCACUAUCUCAUGCCUAAGCGCCAAAUCCUCUCCCUACACUCUGGCUGCAACAUGGGAAAAUCUGGGGAUGUUGCUCUCUUUUUUGGACUCUCAGGUACUGGAAAGACCACUCUGUCCACGGAUCAUAAUAGGUAUUUAAUUGGAGAUGACGAACACUGUUGGAGUGAGAGUGGUGUCUCAAACAUUGAAGGGGGUUGCUAUGCCAAAUGCAUUGAUCUCUCUCAGGAGAACGAGCCUGACAUCUGGAACGCCAUCAAAUUUGGCACAGUUCUGGAGAAUGUUGUCUUUGAUGACCAUUUUCGUGAAGUUGAUUAUUCUGACAGAUCAGUUACAGAAAAUACUCGUGCAGCCUAUCCAAUUGAGUACAUUCCAAAUGUGAAGUUACCAUGUGUUGGUCCUCACCCAAAGAAUGUGAUUCUUUUGGCAUGUGAUGCAUUUGGUGUGCUUCCACCUGUGAGUAAGCUGAGCCUGUCACAGACCAUGUACCAUUUCAUCAGUGGAUACACAGCUCUGGUGGCAGGCACAGAGGAGGGUGUAAAGGAGCCACAGGCAACAUUUUCAGCUUGCUUUGGAGCAGCAUUUAUAAUGCUACAUCCAACUAAGUAUGCAGCCAUGCUUUCUGAAAAAAUGCAGAACCAUGGUGCAACUGGAUGGCUGGUCAACACAGGAUGGUCUGGUGGAAGCUAUGGCUGUGGAAGUCGACUUAAACUAUCUUAUACAAGAAAAAUUAUUGAUGCCAUUCACUCUGGAAGUCUCUUGGAGGCUGAAUACAACAAGACUGAGAUAUUUGGACUUCAUAUCCCCUCUGAAGUGGAUGGUGUACCUUCUGAAAUUCUAGACCCUGAAAAUACGUGGUCAGACAAACAAGCUUACAAGGAGACACUGCUGAAGCUGGCUAAAUUGUUCAAGAAGAAUUUUGAAACAUUCACUAACUACCAUAUUGGAGAGAACAACAACCUCACAGAAGAGAUUCUUGCUGCUGGUCCAAUCAUUGAUGAAGCCUAAUUAGGAGAUUAGGAGCACCUUUCCUCUGUUUUGCUAUGCUAGUAUCAAUUUACUUGUUUUUCAUUAAGUACGUGGUUAGUUGGGUUUGAAAGAAAGGCUUUGAAACAAAAAAAAAAAAGUUUUGAAGUAUUUUUGCAAACCAGGUAUUGUCUUGUUCUUCAUGUUUCCCUUCUGACAGAGAAGUCAUUUUUUGGGAGAUGAAAAGUCCAGGGAAUGCAAUAAAACCUGAGUUGUUUCAAUGAUGUUAUGUGUUUGAAAGCAUUACAUUCAUUUCUA